UUGUUCUGGCGGACUUGACAUUGGUGAGAGAAACAUCAAUUAUAAAUCGCUCCCUUUUCACGUCAGGGACACGCAUCGCGGGAGAAAACUCACUAUUUGACGCUGGAAAUUUAUUAUUAACAAAAAACCACAACGAGGCGCCUGACGACAGGGAUAAAAAGUGACAGGGAGAAACUGUAAACCAAACCAGCCAGCAAAGGAACACCAAGUGCCGCAGAAUGGACUCCAGCAAGUUGCCCAGCGCUCCUCCGACGGACUGGAGCUCAGAUGAGAAAUCGCGGCAGCCGCAGAUGGGACAGCCAGCUCCGCCACCAUACGAGGACUACCCCCAGUAUCCCAACCCUGGAUAUCCCGGCCAGGCGUACCCACCAUACCCGCAGGGCUACGGAAACCCAGCACAGCCUCUGGGUGUAAAUUAUGGACAACAACCAUACGGCAUGGCCGCUGGGAUGCAGCAUCCAGGACAACCGGGGGCUGUCGCUGUCACCAUGCAGCCGACCCGGUGCCCGCUGACUAACCCAGCCAACGACUACUUGGGCUACUCCAUCUUCACCCUGUUGUGCUGCUGUCUGCCUCUUGGAAUAGCAGCCCUCAUCUACUCCAUCUUAACCCGCGAUGCAAACUAUGCUGGGGACCAGAUGGCGGCCGAGCGGAACAGCAGGAUGGCCAGGUUACUGAACCACGUGGGCCUGGGAAUUGGCCUAGCCGUCUUGAUCUUGACAAUUGUCUAUGUCGCUGUAGUGGUCUCAGCCCACUAAUACUAUUUCCACAUCUUUCCUGUAGUCCCAAGAAUAGAUUUUAUUAGAAUUUGGUACACCUGAAAGAAAAACAAAAUCACAAUUGGUCAAAGUGCCGAUGGAAAUGUAUCAGUUUAUCACCAGUAACAUUACACAUUAAUUAUGUAUUUGGAUAAAUUCAUUUCAGGUUGCAAAAUGGAGUGGAUAGUUCCUCUCCCCUACCUCUGAAUUGACUCACUGAUUAUACACACACACACACACACACAAACUAUAUACACAUACAAUCUUGUCUUUCUAACCUUUGUUAUGACAUUAUAUUGACUUCCAUUCAUUUUUUACAGCCUUCUACUGCCGCACCUUAACUUGAACUUAAACCUAAGUGUAACCUUAAGCCUAACCUGCACCAAUAAGCCAGGGUUUGCUUUUGUAGUUGUGAAGACUGGCCACAGUGUCCUCACUUCAUAAAAAUGUCCUCAUUCUGUUGAUUAAAAAUGCAUUCCGGUCAUCACUAUGUAGCAAGUACACACACAUACACGCACACCACACACAUGCACACACACACGCAAAUACAUACACAAAUGGCAAAAGGGAGCAACUGCAACAUUUCCAAAGAUGCCUUUUUCAUUGGGACUCAGUGUGUUGCUUUGUGUUAUCACACACGGUACCUAAACCCGGUGCAAGUUUGUAUGACAUGUAAAAUGUCGUUUAAUAACUUUGAUGCCUUAAAAGUAAGCAAAUGUUUAUCUGAAGAGUUCAGCUUUAUGCUCAGUGUUGUUCCACCAGACAAGCACGGUUGAGCCGUUACCCGAAGCAAAUCUUUUUGUGUUCAGUCUGUUCAAACUGUACAAUUUUGUGAAAGUAGUAUUGGAUUAUCUAUCAUCUGGCAGAGUGUUGUUUGUCAUGCCUUGAUGUUCUUUUCAUAAUCAAAACUGAGAAGGGAAGAUUUCACUGCAUAUACAUUUUCUUUACAAAUAAAGUUAAAAGUGCUAUAUCAAAAGAAUAA